GUAAGGUAGUUUGUUCAAAUGUCUUCGACUUCAAUUUCGUUUCCUUAAGAAAUUUUUAGGGAAACGAAGCGGAUGAUACGUAAAUUCAUUUAACCUGGAAUUUGUAUAUAUAUUUUACAGAUACACGCUGGGUAUAUAUACAUUUUUUAUUUGCAUUCUUGCACUCAAGCGGCUGUGUUUGAGGAGAUAUAAGACAUUGCCUGGCCUGUGCCAUUAAUUUAGUGGUGUAAAUGGGGAAGAUUCUGCAGCAAGAUAAGCCGCGGAGGCCAAAUACUGGUCCGCGCUCCGCCAGAAGAGGAUCAAGAAGGUCAAAACAACCAUUGACAGUCCCAGCUUCAAAUAACAGCGAGAUACCUCUGCAGGAACAGGCAGCAGAAGCUCCCCCAUUUUACAUACACAUCGAAUGUAAUGGUUUUCUUCAUCGUGGGCACAAGAAACAGAAGGAAGAGGAUAUCCCUGUGUGUGUUUGCAAAUACAUACCUGAUGAUUCUGAGAGCAUGUGUGGAGAGAGGUGCCUAAAUGUAUUGACGUCUACAGAAUGUACUCCUGGGCAUUGCCCUUGUGGAGAUCACUGCAAAAACCAGCGGUUCCAAAACUGUGAAUAUGUAAAGUCAAAGUUAUUCAAGACAGAUGGCCGAGGGUGGGGACUAAUGGCAGAUCAAGAUAUUAAGGCUGGCCAAUUUAUUAUAGAAUACUGUGGUGAAGUAAUUUCUUGCAAAGAGGCAAGGAGGAGAUCUCAGGCUUAUGAAGCAGCAGGUUUAAGAGAUGCAUUUAUCAUAUCUCUUGAUAGGUUUGAAUCAAUUGAUGCCACAAGAAAGGGUAGCUUUGCUCGAUUCAUUAACCAUUCAUGUGAACCGAAUUGUGAAACUCGAAAGUGGACGGUGCUUGGAGAAAUCAGGGUUGGAAUUUUUGCAAAACAGGACAUCCAUUGUGGGACAGAGUUAGCCUAUGAUUACAACUUUGAGUGGUAUGGUGGUGCGAAGGUCCGAUGUAGAUGUGGAGCACCAUCUUGUUAUGGAUUUCUCGGGGCCAAGUCUCGUGGUUUCCAGAAUGAUGCCUAUCUUUGGGAGGAUAAUGAUGAAAGAUACUCUGUAGAGAAUGUCCCACUAUAUGACUCUGAUGAGGAUGAACCACUCUCCAAUUUCUUGAAACGGGCUAAAGUGUGCAAGAAACUAAAAAUUGCAGCUACAAAGCAACAUAAUACCUCACAGGUUGCAAGCUCAAUACAGACAAAUGGCAUGGACCCCAUUUUGUUGACUGCCCCUGAUCAGAAAGAUGACAAAUCUUCUGAUGUCUCAGCAAUUAAAGAUAAGUCAACAUUAUUGGAUUUAGCAGAAAUUGCUAUAUGGGAUGAGAAGCAAGAAAUGGGCAUUGUUGAUUUAGAUCAGAAGGCACCAGCUUUGGAAAGGGAGGGAACAAUCAAAUGCACACCUGAAGCAACAGAAGCUGAUAAUGUAAAUGGUGAACUGUGUCCUGCGAGUAAUGAUGCAACAGUAUCUGAAAAUGAAUCAGUCAAGACAAUUUUUAAUAACCAUUUAAAUCCACUGAUUGUCUCACCAAAUAAGAAUUCUCUUUGCUUUUCAUGCCAGAAAUCAAAACAUCUUAUCAGCAAAAGGGUCAAUGCUGAUUUCAUUAGUCAGAUUUUACCAUCAAAGGAAGCUCGUGAUGAACUUUUGGCAGCACAGGAAACAAAGAUUGCUAAAGCAGCAGAAUUGAAUUCUUUUUAUGACCGAAUAAGGCCCGCGAUUCAGGACCAUGGGAAGGAUGGUCAAGAUAGUGUGCCAACCAGUUUUGCAGAGGAGUGGAUCAAGGUAUCUUGUGAACACCUAAAAGCUCAAUUUGAUGUUCACUUUAAAGUUGUAAAACAUAUGUCAGACAAUGUUUGUGAUCUAAAGAAUGGAGAUCUCAACUUGGAAGGAGACAAAUCAAAACUUUUUUAACAGGGUUGACCAGCCAUUUGUUCAUUUAUACCCCAAGUGAGCGUUGUAUAACAGCAAGAUGAUGGAAAGCAAGGGUCAUGAAUUGACCAGUCCAUAGGACUGAUGAUAUUAUGUUAUUUUAGAAAGACCCUUCGCUAUAUAAAAUCUUGUUUGCGAGAAGCAGACACAAAUGCUGCAUAUUAUUCAUUGCAUAAUUCAUUGCAUAUUCAUGUCCUCAAUUUCAAUGAGGAUUCCUGUAACAAUGUAAUUUUUUGCGGUUUUGACAUUGUAAUUUUUUGUGGUAGAUGCUAAGCAUCUCCAUUCUUCUGUUCAUACAGAAGGUCUGGAUAUCAGAAUGGUUCACAACAGAUAUUGUGGCCAUAUUUAACAAAUUUAUCCUAGCAAUACAAAGGAGAUCUGCUCAAGCUUUGCCAA